UUGAAAUUGAAAGAUGCCCGAAGCUUAAGAGGAUGCCUCUCCCUCCUAAACUUGAAUCACUGUCAUUAUGUCUAGUCGAGUCGAUAGAAGUUCCAAGAUUAUGGGAAGAAAUCGAUGGAAGUAGCAGUAUGACUGUUCCAGAAUAUGGACUCCCCUGUCUUGGACAAUUGCCGAGUCUCAAGGUUCUUCGCAUCGUGGGAAUGCCAACAGUGAAGAAGGUGGGCGAUGGAUUCUUCGGUUCUAGAGACCAAGGCAAAUGUUUUCCUAGCUUGGAGGAGCUCACGUUCAUCGACUUGCCAGAAUGGGAAGAGUGGUCUUGGGCUGAUGGCCGACAGCUGUUUCCUUGCUUGCGAGAACUUGAAAUUAUAGAGUGCCCGCGGCUUAAGAGGUUGCCUCCCCUCCCUCCUCCACUUGAAACAUUACAAAUAGAUGAAGUCGGAUUGACAGAACUGCCAGGGUUAUCGGAAGGAAUCCAUGGAGGCGGCAGUAGCAUAACUGCUUCUCUUUCAACAUUGAGAAUACGAAAAUGUCCAAAUCUAAGAAAUCUGGAAGAAGGGUUGCUAUCGCACAGCUUACCAAAUAUCCGUGACAUUGAGAUAAAGGAAUGUGCGGAACUCAUGUGGCAGCCGGCUAAGGGGUUUAUAGAACUCACCUCCCUUGGGAAAUUGUCAAUCUGCAGUUGCCCGAAUCUCUUGAGCAUGACGCGAGAUGGGGACAUUAACAUCUGCCUCCCACCAUCGAUAAAGAAACUAGUGUUGUCUGACUGUGGGAAUCUGGGAAAAUUGCUACUGGGCUGCCUGCACAACUUGACCUCACUCACUCGAUUGGAAAUAGGCGACUGCCGGUGCAUAGAGUCUCUUCCAGCAACGUCGCUGCUUCACCUGAAACGACUUGAAUCUCUGAGCAUUUGGCAAUGUGGUGAGUUGAGAUCAAUAGACGGGUUGCGAGUUCUGGAAUCCCUCAGAGAAUUGACCAUCAAAUUAUGUCCCAAGCUGUUGCUGAAUGAAGGGAAUGAGCAAGUGGAGGGUUCGUCGGUAACUGAAUUAUACAUCGACGACACAGCCCUGUUCAAACUAUCGCUCUUAAGAAGAACACUUCCAUCCGUCCGUGCUCUCACAAUCUCAAACUUUCGUCGAGCGACGAUGUCUGAUGAGGAGGAGCUGUUGUUGCGAAGCCUCACAGCUCUCGAAUCUAUAGAAUUCUUCAAUUGCGAGAAUCUACAAUCGCUACCGAGAGAGUUGCAUGUCCUUCCCUCCCUCCGGCUUUUAAGAAUAAUUGGAUGUCCGGAGAUUCAGUCGCUACCUGAGAAGGGGCUGCCGACGUCCCUCAGGAAUCUACAGUUCAUUGCCUGCCAGCCGAGGCUGACGGAGCAGCUGGAGAAGCACUUGGCCGAGAUGAAGAGUUCGGGUUUGAGUGCUUCCAAGGUAAAGCUUUUUAUCUGUAAGUGGGCUGGUGGCUACAAUUAA